GGAUAAUAAUGACUGAUUAAAGAUAAUUGUACCGGUGUCUUAGUGAUAUAUUUAAGUAUACAUAUAUUAUGAUAAUAAUAAUCAUAGGCAGUGCAAGGCAGUUUGUUAAUUGUUUUAAUUUAAUUAUGAAAAUUAGUAUUCACUGACGACUAAACUUCCGCGGUAACUUUAUUACUCAGGUAAUUUCAUAUUUCUUAAGCCAAGACAAAUGUUGUAAUAUUUAACCAAAUUAUAGUAACGUUAUGCGUGUGCUCUAUUAAUAAAUAAUUUGUAAGUUAAUUGAUAAAAAAAUUUUUCGGUGAUAUGACGUUGAAAUUUAAUUAUUUUGCUGUGAUUUUGAUUUAUGUGAAUAUCGUUUGCGGAUCUACAGUAAAAAAUGUAACUUUGGCAGUGAAAAGACACAUACGUGCUGUCACUUUUCCAAAAAGUAGUGGGAUGGGGAUAUUUUUCGCAAUUGGAGUGCCACUAGAUUUACCUGAAAAAUCGGUAUCAAUGUCAUUUUAUUUUGAAGCCAAUUAUCGACUACCCGGUGAUAAAAAUUUAACGUAUGAUGAAUACUAUCAAGAUAAUUAUUUGAACCGUAAAUUUGCGUAUGACAUUAUUGAAAAUAAAUUAGAGAGUGCCGGUUAUCCUGGCCGGAAGUGUCUAUUAAGAGCCAUUUGUGAAGCCGCAUCAAAUCCUGUUACCGGAAAUGGUUUAGUCGGGGAUAUUAUUCACAUACUUUUUACGCCAUCAAGUUCGAAAAAUGAAAAUUUGUCACAAGAAGUAAUAAACGCUGAAAAAAAUAAUAAUUGCAAUGACUACAGUUGUCCAAUGAGUUUACUAGAUGCCAUCAGUCAUUAUAUUAAUUUAUAAAAACUAUUUUUUUUGUUUGCGCGCGAAAAUAAUUUUAAAAAUUUAUACUCAAUUA